AUGGGUCUCUCCUUCGCCUUGUUUUCUCUUCACGCCUAUUACCCGUCUCUUCUGUUGCCGCUUCUGAUUAUUUCAACGGUCUUGCUCGUCAAAUGCGCUAAGAAGAAGAAAACGAAUCAGGCCACCGCAAUGACUGUGAAAGCGAAACGACGAUUCAAGAAGAAAAACCAAGAAAGGAAGGCGUUGCCGCUGUCAAGGACUAUCAAACAUUGGGCAAUCUGGAUGCAAAUAUCUUCCUAAAAGAGCAAAAGAAAAAGGGCGGUGGCAAGACGCC